GAUAUAAUAAGAAGUCGAAGGGCUGAUUUGUGUAAUUUUAAUGAAUUACACAAAACGACAAAGAGUGAGAAAUAAAAUUAAAAAAAAAAAAGAAAAAAAGGGAAACGUGGCAGCAAAAGAGAAGAAGCAGUCAAAUCGUGCUUCGUACAGCUAUAUAGCUGUACGGGCCCCACCCUUUCCAUCCCCUUUUUUUUUCUUUAUUUAUUUAUUUAUUUAAAUUUCCGUUCACAACCGCCUUAUUCAACAUCCCCCUCUUUCUCCCUCCGCCUUAGAGAGAGAAACACCACCGUACCGCCCGCCGUCCGCCGGGAGAAAGAAUGAGACAUGGUCGGACUCAGUGCAAUCUUAGAAACUCGGAAACUCGGCAUUACUGACUCAACUCGUCAGGUCAUUAACAAAUCCACUCUUAUUAUGAUCAAUAGCAACGCCAACGACCACCACGGCCACCGCCACCGCCACCACCGUUCUUCUUCUUCUAAAAGAUUUCUCGACCGCUGCUUUCUCUGCGGUCAGAAGCUCCUCCCCGGAAAAGACAUCUACAUAGGAGACAAGGGUUUCUGCAGCGAGGAGUGUCGAUGCCGGCAGAUUUUCAUGGACGAAGAACAGAGCAUGGUGGAAGCAGGGAACUGCUCGUUGGCGGCUGCCAUUAACCCACAAACCACCACAUCGCCGUCGUGUCCCUCGCCUCAGCCAUCUCGCCACCCUAGAGCUACCAGAGACCACACCCAAGCUUUUGCCUACUGAUCAUCACACCAAAAAUGACUGGGAAAGAAGGGUGUUUUUAAG